GAAACACAUCAGCAGUCUGAUGGAGGAAGCAGACGGAUUAUUGUUUACGUUUUACUCUGGAAAUAAACAAUAAAAUAGGCAUAAAGAAAAUGACAUUAAUUUAGCGGCAAACAUUCGAAAUAGCUCAUAUUAUACGUUUGUUUUAGAGGGGUGUUUUACAUUAGGCUGGAUUUGUGAAGGUUUUAAAGGGUUUUUGUGUGUGUUUGUGAAGGUUUUAGGCCAGUUGAGUUCACAAAUGAUAAACUCGGAUUAAACAGCGGACAUAGGAUCUUUAGAAAGGCAAACAGCUGUACUGCCCGGCAGAGUCUGUUUAUGAGCAUGUACGCAUCCCCGGGAACGGCUGUGCCAGGAAACCGGAGGAGGCGAGGUGGCACAGCCCUACCCAAACAGCCAGAGCGGAGCUUGGCGUCUGCACUGCCCGGGGCCCUCUCCAUCACCGCCUUGUGUACAGCCCUGGCAGAACCAGCCUGGCUCCGUGUUCAUGGAGGAACCUGCUCCAGACAAGAGCUGGGUGUCGCAGACGUCUUGGGACAUAUAGAUGAGAAACUUAUUAAUGAUUUCUGUAUUAACUCCCAGUCCAUCCUGCUGCUACGGGUCAUUGCUGCUUUCUGUUUCUUGGGCAUUCUGUGCAGCCUGACAGCAUUUCUCCUGGACGUCUUUGGACCAAAACACCCAGCACUCAAGAUCACACGCAGAUAUGCCUUCGCUCACAUUCUAACAGUGCUCCAGUGCGCUACAGUGAUUGGCUUUUGCUACUGGGCCUCUGAACUCAUUUUAUCCCUGCAACAGCAGCACAAAAAGUUCCACGGCUCGCUCAUCUACGUCACGUUUGCCAUCAGCUUCUACCUGGUGGCUGGUGCCGGCGGAGCCUCUAUUUUAGCCACAGCGGCCAACCUGCUCCGUCAUUACCCCACUGAGGAGGAGGAGCAAGCCCUGGAGCUUCUCUCCGAGAUGGAAGAGAGCAGUGAAACUUACCCAGCUGACUACGACAUUGCCAAUCAAUUCCAACCUCCACCCGCCUACACACCUUGAUCAUCAGCCACCGUUCCUCAACGCCACUCCUUUCGUCACAUGCCACCAUUGGCUUUCAGACAAUAAAUGACUGCGAUGUGCAGAUUUUAGGUCUCCCAUCAAAAAAUAAUAUAUAUUCAGUAUCCCAAAUCAUCAAAAAUGUCCAUGCUCACACUUAAACUAAUGUUUCUUUGGGAGACAGAGCUUGAGCGCAUGGAUUAAUUUUAAGAGAAUAAUUGCGCCAGUGCUUGUAGAGUUCCUAAUUCUGUCUGAGACCAUUUUAAUUCAUCUUGCAGUAGAUUGCAUGUAUCUGGCAGUAACAACCCAUUACAAAUCUUGAAGACGUAAUUUGGCAGGCUUUAUUAUCUAAAGACUUAAGAAAUGUAAAAUGCAAAGCAUCUCAUCACGAUGCUUGUUAAAGGUGCAUUUACACGCAGCCUCUCUGGCUCACUAAACUGUGGGAAAUGAUCUCUAUAAUAUAUAUAUAUUUUUUUUUCAAAGUAUCUUAUUUCUGUUGCAAAUGUUAUUUAGCUGAACUUUUGAUUUGCCUCUUAAACAUUAGUUUUCAAACGGUCAUUUGUUGACAUUUUCCUUCAGAAAAGUAUAGCUUUUUUAUCAUGCAAAGAAUCAAAGUGUCAUUUUAUUUAUUUUAAUUAAUCAGUAGCCUACAGAUGUUACAUACAUUUUUUUGAAAUGGAUUUCUGUUGGCUUCUAGUAAUGUUGCUUUAAAGAUCAUUCACACAUACUCCAGACUGAGGAACAAAAAAAACAAAUAAGUUGUUUAUCAUUAUUGGAUCUUCCAGUUUAAAUAGAUUCUCAAAGUAACUAGAAAUAUUUCAGCAUCAUAAUGUACCUGUUAUUUGGAAGCGUUCGUUUGCCAACAUCCCAUUGUGAGGGUAUUUUGUAUUCCUGACUUGUGUUUUUUUUUUUUUUUUUUUAGUAGUCAUAGUAUGAGAACAUCCAGAUGAAAGAGUCUUAAAUUUGAUCAUGAUUUUUGAGGUUUGCUUCUGGUUUGAUUAUUUUUAUAAAAUCACUGCAUGACAUAUUUGAUACUGCACUUGUCUGGCAUAAAUGGACUAUGAUGUGAUUAAGAUUUCUUACGUUGUAUACUUUACACAGUUUUUUUGUAAUUUAGUGGUUUUGUGUUUUACUUCAUUUUACAUGUCCUUUUUGUGUUUUGUUGAAAUGCGUUUAAUUACAUUUGAAGUAAAAAAAAAAAAAAAAAAUUGA